AUUUAAAAACAUCUUUUUUGAAAAUGGCCACAGGCGUAGGAGAUGUUUGCAGUCACGUACGAGUGGUUGUCAGAGUCCGUCCAGAAAAUCAAAAAGAAGGAAGCUUUAGCAAAGCCGUUCAAGUGGUUGAUAAGCAUAUUUUGGUGUUUGAUCCUAAAGUGGAAGAAGUGAGCUUUUUUCAUGGCAAAACCAUUUCUAAUCGCCAUAAGACCAAUAGGAAAAAUAAGGACCUUAAAUUUGUAUUUGAUCGUGUUUUUGAUGAUCACUCAACUCAGAUGGAAGUUUUUGAAGAGACUACAAAGCAUGUGCUUGAUGGUGUACUAAAUGGAUACAACUGCACAGUUCUGGCUUAUGGUGCUACUGGAGCUGGAAAGACUCAUACAAUGCUGGGGUCAUCAGAUGAACCUGGGGUGAUGUAUCUCACAAUGAUGGACUUGUACAAUCGUAUAAACAGUUUGAAAGAAGAGAAGAUAUGUGAUGUCGCCAUUUCAUACUUAGAGGUGUACAAUGAGCAAAUCCGUGACCUUUUGGUGAAGUCUGGUCCUUUAGCUGUCCGAGAAGAUGCUCAAAAAGGAGUGGUGGUACAAGGAUUGACAUUGCAUGAGCCUAAAUCCGCCCAGGAGGUCCUGCAGAUGCUAGAUUAUGGCAAUAAAAACAGAACUCAACAUCCUACUGAUGCAAACGCAACUUCUUCAAGAUCACACGCUGUCUUUCAGAUUUACUUAAGACAGCAAGACAAAACAGCAAGUAUUAAUCAGAAUGUUCGGAUUGCAAAAAUGUGCUUGAUUGAUCUUGCGGGCUCUGAACGUGCCAACGCUACUAAGGCAAAAGGGGAACGUUUACGAGAGGGCGCAAACAUCAAUCGUUCAUUAUUGGCUCUGGGGAAUGUUAUAAAUGCUCUAGCAGAUCCAAAGAGCAAGACACAACAUAUCCCUUACCGUAAUAGCAAACUUACACGUUUACUGAAGGAUUCUCUCGGAGGAAAUUGUCGUACUAUCAUGAUUGCUGCAGUUAGUCCAUCUUCAUUGUCUUAUGAUGAUACUUAUAAUACACUUCGAUAUGCAAACCGAGCCAAGGAUAUACAGUCUUCAGUUAAGAGUAACGUUGUUAGUUUGGACAGUCACAUUAGUCAAUAUGUCAAGAUCUGUGAACAACAAAAACAAGAGAUUGCAAUCUUAAAAGACAAACUACAAAGAUAUGAAAACCAAAAGGUCUCUACUGCUGAUCAGAUCCAACAGUAUCAAUGCACAAGCCAAGAACAGGCUAAAACCAAAAGAUGUCGAGACACUCUCCGCUGUCUGUUUGCCAACAGAGAGGAAACAAGAUUGGCGUUUCUCAACCUGGAAAUGCGUCUUAAAGAAAACCAGCUAAAAAUGUCCUAUCAAAAGCAGCAUCUUGAACAAAUUCAUGUGCUCUGCUCCCUUGAUAAGACUGUGAAGGCGACUUGCAAGCGGCGUCACAGGCUUGAAGUGCUGAAAAAUCAACUUCUGCUCCUACAGAAUAAAAAGGAAGAGGAACAGAAACGCCUUGAAGAGAAUACAAACUGGCUCCAUCGUGUUGAGAAUGAAAUGAGAUUGUUGACUCAAGACAAACAGAUUCCAGAGGAGCUGUCUAGAGAUUUGCAGUAUUGCCACUUAAAGUUAGAGGUAACCGAUUUAAAAUCACAAAUUGAUCACAUGACUCGGCUUGUGUCCCUUCAGGAACGAGAAAACAAACACAAUGAAAAGUUGCUGAAUACUUUGCUACCAUCUUUUAGAAGACAAUAUUUACUAUUAAAUCAAGCUGGAUUAGUAAAUGCCAGUAUAGAAGCCGAUUAUAAAGAAAUCGAACAGUUGGUUCAAAGAGAGAAAUCAGUGGUGUGGGCUGACCAGACAGUUCUCGAAGAUCCUAAUACAAAUGACAUCCCAGAAGUCGCUGCUUUAGUUACUUUUCCCCAACUGACAUACAAUCAAACAACUCCAUGCAAAACUGAAACGUGGGUACAGCGCAUAAACAUUGCGGAGAAAGAUGACCAGCACGAACAGGCAGUUGUCAAGCCUUUUAUUGGAGAACUUAGUUUACAACCCAUAGAUAAGAAAGAAAAGAUUUCCCAUAAACCUUUAGAAGCCACUUUUCCCUGUAAAAAGACCAGGCGAAAGUUGUUGGUGUCUCCAUUACAAAAAGAAAAUGUUGAAGCAUCUCACUUACCUAAGAGUAAUCCGUUAAAUUAUUCUAUAAGCAAUGAAUGUGCCCCUAUCGUUUACACACCAGAAAGUUGUAACAAGACCUUAGCAAUUCUCAAACAAGUUGCUCAGAUCCCGUGUUUACAAAAGAAAAUAGAAAAUCCUGUAAACGUUACGUCUGAAGACAAAGGAAAUAUCCGAAGCGCUUUCAACUUCAGAAUGCCAACGGAAUCUGAAAAUGCAGAUAUGAACUCUACAGUCAUUCUGUCUCAAGGCAACAAUGAAAUACAUUUGGAGCCCAUACCGGAUUUACAUGUUAAAGGACAGCCUAGCAUUAGCAUAUCGCAAAGAGUCGCUGUUCACUCUUUACUGAAUAAAAGUUCUGGAAAACAAAACGAGAUACCAUCUUAUAUGGCUAUGACUUCGGCUGCUGAAAGAAAACGAAAGCUAUUAAGCUCUACAGUAACCAAUGUCUUAAAAGAGGAGCAGUCAACUGUUCCAGCUGCAAAACGCGUGAGGCAGAAUGUUAGUUUUGAUUGUAAAGCUUUACGAGUGCGCCGAGCCGUAGGAACUUUAAAAAACAAGGAUAAGGUUGCUCCGAGACGCAUACCCAGAAGUAUUUCAGAAGGAAAUAUGAUGUUUGGUACAAAAAAGAAGCACUUCUCCUUUCUUGGGUCAACACAAUCUUUUAUGCAAGCUUCAAAAAACAAAUUGUUUAACCCUUAAAAACAGAACAUGGUUAUAAAGAACAGUGGGUUAUUAUAUAACUAAAAUAUAGUCUGUUAAGUUGUAUUUCUGUUUGCACUAAACUAUAACUUUGUAUUUUAUUAGACUGGAUUUUAAAUAAGGAUGUUUGUCAAAAAAACACAAAUGUUGUUAUUGUACUUUAUCUGAUGGUACUGAGUACUGUAGAUGUGUGUGAAUGUGCUUAAGUUAAAUGAAGAAUUAAUUAUUCACAGAAAAUCAUUAGCCUAAAUCUACAACAAAUUCGAAUUUGGAGCGUGGCCUCUCCAAUUUCUAUUAUAUUCAAUGACGUUAACUCAUUGAGCGUGAGGCGCCUGUUUGAGCUUAAUACAAUGACCUAGGAAUUAUCAAAGCGUUUGACAUAUGACAAACUCAUAUAUUUUUUAUUUGCGAAAGAAAGUUACCAUCUCGUUUUGAUUGGCUUGCACACAUUGCAAAAAUCUCAGCAGGCUUUCACAAGAAAUGAUCAUUUAUGUUUUAGUGUUUUUUGUUUUUUAAAUACAUAUCGA